AUGGCUGUCUUCACCUUCGACGACAAUGAUGCCCAACUGCCGUUAAAAGCACAGUCGACUGUCGCGUCUGCAACGGCUGUUCGCGGUGAGCCGGCGGCUGACAUGGCGACCGAAAAGUUGGCCACCAGUCCGCCCAAGGCAAGCCUCCAUGUAGGUACACCGCCCAUCAACAUUGCUUCUCCCCUUCCCCGGCGCACCAUGCAGCCCAACCUGGAGGCCGACCACGAAGGCCAGGACAAGCUAGACUUUGACAUGGUCAUGAAGAAGGCGCGCAAGAACAAGAAGAAGAAGAAGGGUCUGAGGCCUGGCGCACCGGCCACCAACGUCACACGCGGCUUCCACACACCCGUCACCUCCGGAGGGGAAGAGUCGGACUUUUCAGUAGUUGCAACUCCGCGCUUUGGUCCUGUACGCUCGGGCCUACCCAGCGUCACGAGCAGUCCUGCUCUUCGACCAGCCUCGGGAGCUGGGGGCAUCAGCAACCUCAAGGCCCAGCUUGAGGCGCUGAACCUUGGGCCACGGACCGACUCACCGAUGAAGGGCGUUCCCAUGUCCAGAGUAACUUCGCAACUGUCCAGCAACACGAGCAUGUCUGGACUGGAGAGUGAUAGUGACCGGACGGAGAUGGAGAGCUACGAAGUCGACCUCCUCGCCGAAGACUUCAGUAUUGAUGCGCUAUCCAAGACUUCGACCAUGCUCACCAGCGGCGGUGCGGCGCGCAAGAUGACGGCCGAAGAUUUUGAACCCUUGAUGUGCCUUGGAAAGGGCAGUUAUGGCACUGUUCUGCUUGUGAGGCAGCGUGCGACUGGCCGCUUGUUCGCCCAGAAGCAGAUCAAAAAAGCCUCCAUCACUGUGCAUAAGAAACUCAUUGAGCAAACCAAGACUGAGCGCAACAUCUUAGAGAGCGUGAACCGUCAUCCGUUCAUUGUUAGCUUUUACUACGCCUUCCAGGACCACGAGAAGCUCUAUCUCAUUCUCGAAUAUGCCCAAGGUGGAGAGCUAUUCCACCAUCUUGCUGCCGAGCGCAUGUUCUCCGAGGACGUGGCCGCCUUCUACAUGGCAGAAAUGGUGCUCGCACUCGACCAUCUUCAUCGUACUGUCGGUGUCAUCUACCGCGAUCUGAAGCCAGAGAACUGUCUCCUUGACUCGGAGGGCCACCUUCUCCUCACCGACUUUGGCCUGAGCAAAGUGUCGCUCGAUGAAGACAAUCCAUGCCGUUCCUUCCUCGGUACGGUGGAAUACAUGGCCCCCGAAGUGGUCCAAGGUCUCGACUACGGUGCAGCGGUAGACUGGUGGUCCCUCGGCGCCCUGGGCGUCGACCUCCUCACCGGCGCACCCCCCUUCAUGGGCAACAACAACGCCAAGAUUCAGGAAAAGAUUGUAAAAUCCAAACUCUCCCUUCCGUACUACCUCAGCGCCGACGCAAAGGACCUCCUUACCCGCCUGCUGCGCAAAGAGCCCAAGAAGCGCCUCGGCUCCAACAUGCCCAAGGAUCUCCAGACCAUUAAAAACCACCGCUUCUUCCGCAAGAUCAACUGGAAGGCGCUCGAGGCCAGGGAGCUCGUGCCCCCGAUUCAGCCCCUCAUCACGGAUCCAGAGUUGGCCGAGAACUUUGCCCAGGAUUUUACAGACUUGCCGCUGAGUCCAGUGUUGGGCAGGAAGUUUGACGACGUGUGGUCGGAUGGGCAGAGUAAUCCGUUUGGCGGCUUUAGCUUUGUGGCUAGUCAGAGCUUGUUGGAUGGGGGGGAGUGGGGGUUCUGA